ACAGUGAGGAGGAGGCCAGUGUGGCUCCAGCAGGACCAGUGAGGGGAAGGGAAGAAAGGGGUGAGAUCAAAAUAGUACCAGGGCUCUGAUCUUCAUUUAUUGAAUAUUUUAUCUAGUGUCAAAAUCACAUGCCAUCCUCUCAAGGGGAGGGACUCUCAAACCUGUAGGGAGCAAGAGAAAGAGAACAGAGUGGCAAAAGCACAGAAAAGCACCGUUAGUUGCUCUAGGAAGUUCACCUGCUAGGUCUAUGAGCCGAGGACAAUGGAAUGAACCAUUCUUGUUCUGCUGAGAAUUCUGGUUUCAUCCUUCCCGAUUAACUAGAUGCGGUUCAGUCCUGAUGGUCCAAGCAGUAUAUAUUAUUUUCAUCCAAAGAACCUCUCUUAGGAAUCCCAAGUCUGGUUUCUUUUGCCAGGCAAGAAUUGUGGGAGUGACGACUUUGGGGGGAAGAGUCUGAGCCUGGCUCCAAGAGGACUCUUGGCAUUUCAAGACCUUCAGCUUUAAGAUCCGCCCCCUCAACUUUUUGAAAGGGCGGGGCGACGAGAGCAGCUGUCACCUCCUUCUCUCCACCCCGCUGGCUCUCACGUGUGCCUGGCUGUUCAAUAACAGCUCUUCUUUCGAGACUUCCUGAUCGCUGCAACCAAUCAUAGCGUUAUUCCCGUCCUUGCCAUUGUCAGCCCGCUGCCAAUCGGCGCACCUCUACCAACGCCCCUUAAAGGCGCCGCCUACGCCUCUCGAGCUGCGGCGAACCAGUUCCUCUGUUCCUGUCCUCAACUGCAGUAUGGAGAUGUCCCGGGGGCGGCCUGGGCCGGAGGCGGACCUUUUGGCUCUGAGGGGUCAGCAAGCCGUGAUCUUCGGAGGCGGGCCGGGCCGAACGCCCUCUGAGCCGCCUUCAGGCCUCCGAGUGUCGGAGGAGGAAGAGGCCGAGAACGUUGGGGGCGCGAGCCGCCACCCCAGGGAGUCCCCGAACACUUCGAGCUGCAGCGUAGUCCACCCGUCGGAACGAGAGACUACAGAGAAUGAGCCCGGCCGCGCAGGCACGCCGUCUGGGCCGGGGAGCCGCCGGGGGGAGCCGGGUCCCAAGCACACCCUGCACGGGUCCUCCCUGCGCAAGGACCCCGAGCCUCCCGAGGACAAGCCAGCAUCCGAAAGGGUCCGUCGAGGCAGCCGGGGAGGCAGCGGGAUGGAUAUUGAGCAGGAGGUGGAAGAUGAUGAUGAGGAGGAGGAGGCGGCGGCUGGCAGGGCUGGCCGCUCGUUCUCUAGCCGCCUUCAGGACAGCCGCAGUCUGGAUGGGCUGAGCGGGGCGUGCGGCGGCUCUGGGUCGGCAGGGAGUGCGGAGUCUGGCACCGGUGGUGGGCGUCGCGCCACCAUCUCCAGUCCCCUGGAGCUCGAGGGCACGGUGAGCCGCCAUGGAGACCUCACCCACUUUGUUGCCAACAACCUGCAACUCAAGAUCCGUCUGAGCGGAGCCUCUCAACCACCGCCCCCUGCCCCGCCCUGUUCAGCGCCUGCUCCCACUCCGGCCAUCCCCCCCAUCGACCCCGAAGUGCUGCGGGACCUGGAGCGGCUGAGUCGGGAGCUGGGCGGCAGGGUGGACCGUCUGCUUCGCGGGCUGGGUGGCGCGGUGCAGGAGCUGACAGCGCUGAGCGUGGGCUGUAUCCAGACCUACCGGGACGCCGUGGACUCCCUAGGCGAAGCCGUGGACAUGAGCAUCAAGGGCAUGUACACCCUGCUGGCACGCUGCGAGGAGCUGGAGCGGGCUCUGCAGCCGGUGCAGGGGCUCGCGCGCCAAGUCCGGGAUAUCCGACGUACCCUGGAGGUGUUGGAGUCCCUGUGCAAGUGACCCAGGAGGGCAGGAGAGGCCAGGCCAGGCCAGAGCCCAGCAGGAGCCUAAGGACUCUUCAAGGAGCCCUGAUGGGAACUACCGGCUGAGGAGAGGCCUAUAUAUUAGAGGCUCUUUCAGAUGCAUUUAGGAGGUCCGUGACCACUUGCUUGUCCUUAUACAGGUGUAUAUGGGGAAGUUCUAAAGUCUCUCUUGGUGGGAAGGGAUGAUGCUCUGCUUCUAUUCAGUUGGCCAUCUGUAGUACCUUGUUCUCCCCAACUCUCUUCCCUAGCUAAAGCACUGUCCCUGGGAACUCAGGGCUUCAGGUCUUGGCUUGGGAGAGCUGACUGCCAUCUGUGAUCAAGAAAGAAGAACAGAGGAGGUCUCAGUCCCCCACUGUGGCCACCUUGACUCCAGUGGCCACAUCUCAGGUGCCAGGGGCUGUGAGAGCUUGAUUGGUCCUUGGCCGCACACCAUGCAGACAAGGAUGCACACCUGCAGGAUAACCUCCUGCUUCUGCCCUCUGGCCCCCUACCAUCCCACUUCUUCAGCCAGAACCAGGGUGAAGCUAGAAGGAAUGCAUUGCAUGGUAGAGGGAGUGAGUUGGAAGGGGUCUCACUGCUCUCAGGAUUCAGUAGAAGUGUUGCUGGUUUCGAAGCUUACCUGUUGUGGAGUGUUCUAAUCAGUUUUGGCUUUCCCAGUUUUUGUGGAAUUAAAGCUGCUGCUGCUGCUGCUAA